AGGUCGAGCGCUAUUUCCUUCCAGUCGCCUUGGUCCUCGAGGCUCGACCCGAUCGCCGCCCGCUUCCUGGAGGCUCACCCGCCCCGCAGUCGCCGCCCUCGCCCCCUCCCUCCACAGGACUCCGGGAGCCUUCGCCAUGGGGGCCUUGUUGACCCGGCUCCUCAGCCUGAUCCAGAGCUCUCGCUCCUGCAGGAUCCUCAUGGUCGGUCUGGACGCCGCAGGGAAGACCACCAUUCUCUACAAGUUGAAGUUGGGCGAAGUUGUGUCCACGAUUCCCACCAUCGGCUUCAACGUGGAGACCGUCGAGUACAAGAACAUCAGCUUCACCGUCUGGGACGUGGGCGGCCAGGUCAAGCUGCGCCCUCUGUGGAGGCACUACUACCAGAACACCGCCGCCGUCGUCUACGUGUGGGACAGCAGCGACGCCGAGAGGCUGCAGGAGGCCAGGGAGGAGCUGGACGCCAUCCUGGAGAGCGAGGAGGUGGCGGGGGUUCCCCUGCUGGUGGUGGCCAACAAGCAGGACCUUCCCGGGGCGCUGUCCGUGCCCCAGCUGAGCGAGGGCCUCGACCUGCGGCGCCACGACAGGCCCUGGCACGUGCAGCCCACGUGCGCCAUCACGUCGGAGGGCGUGUACGAGGCCCUGGACUGGCUGGCCAGGGAGCUGGCCUAGUGAGGCUGGCCAGGGAGGCCAAGCGAGGCACGAACGACUCGCGCAGGAGCACAGGGACGCCCGGGGCCUCGCCAUACGCGGCUGGGCCGCAGCGAGGACACGGCAGAGGGAUUCGAACGCGAGAAGAUCCGAACACUGGUCGAGUCGAACACAAGGACGCCUUCGAAGUCACAGAUGAACUUUCGAAACAGUCACAAAAUCAAAAGAUGGACCUUACAGAGGAAGAAAAUGCGGGUUUCACGAAGAAAGUUCAAUUUAAUUCUCAGUUUUAUUUUUCAAAUGAAUCGUGCCACUUGUAA